AACGGUGUUCCAUGUUUCGUAUGGAUUACCUCAGCCCGGGGGGGUUGAAGAAGGCUGAAGUAAGAGGAUCCUAAUUUAUACAUCGUAUGGAGUACUCGGUAGUACCUUGCGUUUAAAUCACCGAAAGUGGGUGACGACAAUGGAAGCCCAGUGGAAUCUUCGCCCGCGAGCAUCCAUGGUUGGGGGUGUUUCGGGGCGCAGGCAGGCAGGCUCUCCCAACUAAUAAUUCGAAGGGGGCCCAGCAGCGUAAUUCGCCGCUCCGCCGUGGAUGGAGUUCGGGAUGCAGUCGACAUGGUGCGAUGCGACGGUCCCAGGAACUAUUGUAUCAAUCUAGUCGCCCUCUUUGGCCUCGUCGUACGUAGUGCACAUUCCACACGCCCCACUGGGAAAGGAUCUUACCAUCUGACUCGCAUGGUGGCCAUCCUUUUCCGGCAUUCCAGCACAGGGAGAGCGACGCUCCCAACAGCCCUUCUCAUUUCUCCUCUCUUGUUGGUGGUUUUCUCCCUUUUCUCUCCCUCCCCUUGGCAUCCUGGAUCACUUUUUCUUUCCCUGACCCUGAUCGCCUGCCGUGAUUCCCAGACUUGGCCGUCUCUGAGAACCAAAAGGACCCAAUUUGCCUCCGGCUCCACCAACUCGAACCAUUGCGAUGCGCCGAAUCGACCGGCAACUCUAAACAUCAUCCACUCCCCGACCGAUCGGAAAGAAUCUGAGGAACGAGAAGAAAAAAAAAAAACCCCCCCAAUUUAAGGCUGUCGCGACGAUCUCAGGCAGUGACAGUGACAGCGACCGAGUUCGUAUCUUUUUUCUAAUUACUAGGCCCUUUGCGAUAAGAACAAGCAUCGAGAACCUCGAUCAGC